AUGCAAUUGAAGAACUCAGUUAUUGCAGCAGCUUUGGUCACGGGUACCGCUCUAGCAGCUAACUCGACCGUCAGUGUUCCAAGUUCGUGUACUAUUACUAGUUCCGCAACAGCCACUGCGCAGGGAGACUUAGACGACUACUCUUCGUGUUCCACGUUGGUAGGAAACUUGACGAUUUCCGGUUCAAGUCUAAGCAAUGCUGCGUUGGCUAAUGUCGAGGCCAUCCAUGGUUCAUUGACCAUCACUAAUGCGACCUCGUUGGACUCGUUCCACGCAGACUCUUUGACGUCGGUCACCAAUUUGCGUCUGAACCAAUUGACAGUGUUGAGUUCUGCAUCCUUUGGCUCUUUGCAGAGAGUCGAGCUAAUCGAGUUCAUCGCUUUGCCAGCUCUUCAGACUUUCACCACCAAUCUAAGAAGUGCCAACAUGAUUUACAUUUCUGACACUUCUCUGGAAUCUGUCAACGCGUUUUCGUCUUUGGAGGAAGUAGCAAUUUUCAACUUCAACAACAACAGAUAUUUGACGAACUUGCAAUCAACUUUGAGAACCGUUUCAAACGCUUUGGAAUUUUCUUCAAACGGUGAAGGUGCUAACGUCACCUUUGACAGUUUGAUCUGGGCUAACAACGUCACUUUGAGAGAUGUCAACUCUGCAUCUUUUGCAGCGCUGCGUAAUGUUAACGCUUCGUUCGGUUUGAUCAAUAACUCUAUUACAAGUUUGAACAUGUCUCAUUUGGCCGCAGUUGGUGGUUCGUUUGCUGUCGUUUCCAACGAUCAAUUGACAGAUCUUCACUGUUCUAACCUAAGCCAAGUUGGUGGUGGUUUCGUUGUUGCUAACAACACUGAAUUGAAUCAAAUUAAUGGUUUCCAUAACUUGAGUUCCGUUGGCGGUGCUUUGGAAGUUCAAGGUAACUUCACACAAUUAGAUCUUGCUAAUUUGAGAUCCGUUAGAGGUGGUGCCAAUGUUGACACAAGAUCCGGUAACUUCUCCUGUAACCCAUUGAGAAGUUUACAGCGUAACGGUGGUAUUCAAGGUGAUUCUUUUGUUUGUAGAAAUGGUGCUACCUCCACUUCUAUCCAAUUAUCAUCUACUUCAUCAUCUGACUCCUCUUCAACAGAUUCUGCUGAUGCCUCCUCUACCGAUGAUGGAUCCUCCUCAUCUGCUACUGCUACAGUUUCUUCUUCAUCCUCAAGCAAGCACAACGGAGCCGCUCAAUUUGCUCCAGCCGGCUCUUUCUUUGCUGUCGUUGCUGCCGCAGCCGCUGCUUUGUUAUAA